ACACUAAAGCUUUAUGAGAUAAAGAAGGCCCACACACUAUAGGCUUACAAUUUAGUUACAAAGCUCUCAGUGCACACUAUCAAUCAGCCACUUCUUGAAAUGGCUACGCUCUCUCUCCACUCCCACACCUUCCUCCUCCUUAAUCUACUGCUGGUGAUCCUCAAUCUCCGACAACACUUGGCGGUGGCCGGAGGUUGCCAGUAUCCUCCCGUGAUCUUUAACUUCGGAGAUUCUAACUCUGACACGGGUGGACUCGCCGCCGGACUCGGUUAUACCAUUGGUAUCCCAAAUGGCCGCUCAUUUUUCCGGAGAUCCACUGGUCGACUCUCUGACGGCCGACUCGUCAUCGAUUUCCUUUGCGAGAGUUUGAAUACAAGUCUGUUAAACCCAUACUUAGACUCGAUGGUUGGAUCAAAGUUCCAAAACGGCGCUAACUUCGCCAUCGUUGGAUCUACGACUCUUCCUAGAUAUGUUCCGUUCGUGCUCAACAUUCAGCUCAUGCAGUUCCUCCACUUUAAAUCACGAGCACUCGAUCUUGCUUCCACCUCAGAUCCUUUGAAAGAGAUGAUGAUAACUGAGAGUGGAUUCAGAAACGCACUGUACAUGAUCGAUAUCGGGCAAAACGAUAUUGCAGACUCAUUUUCCAAAGGCCUUUCUUACUCUCAGGUCGUCAAGCAUAUUCCAAACGUUAUUUCUGAGAUCAAGAGUACCAUUAAGACAUUGUACGACGAAGGAGGGAGGAAGUUCUGGGUACACAACACAGGACCUUUAGGUUGUCUGCCUCAGAAACUUUCAAUGGUUCAUAGCAAAGCUUUCGACAAGCACGGUUGUCUAUCGAGUUAUAACUCAGCCGCAAAGCUGUUCAACGAAGGGUUGGAUCAUAUGUGUCGGGAGAUGAGGACCGAGCUGAGAGAUGCCGACAUAGUCUAUGUCGAUAUUUAUGCCAUCAAAUAUGAUCUCAUCGCAAACUCUACUAACUACGGCUUUGAGAAACCAUUGAUGGCGUGUUGCGGAUACGGAGGGCCUCCUUACAACUACAACGUGAACAUAACGUGUGGGAACGGUGGCUCUAAUAGCUGUGACGAAGGGUCUCAGUUUAUAAGUUGGGACGGAAUACAUUACACCGACACGGCUAACGCAAUUGUUGCCAUGAAAGUAUUGUCCAUGCAGUACUCUACGCCACCAACUCCGUUUCAUUUCUUUUGCAGCCGCUGAGAUUAUAUAUCUAAUUGUGAAUUAAAAAUAUUGCAGUAAAGAGAAAUGAGAUGUGUACUUCUAUGGUUCUACCAAAUGCCAUUUGUAAAAAGACCUGCGAUUGUUUUGGUUCUCUGUUUUCGACAAGUUCAAAAUUUUGUCAAGAA